AUGAGUAGUUCUCCUCAAUCGCCAAACAAUAUGAACGGUGUCGAACCCAUAUCUUCGCCAACCACUACAACAUCGAACCAGCCACCAACUCCUCAGAAUUGGAAGUUCAAACCUCAGACACCCACCGACUUUAGUAACAACAUGGGCAGAAGGAGAAGAAGAAAUUCAGAGCCUGGGAUCGUCGUGCAAAAGUCGACCUAUAAAAAUUUUGUCACCCACUGGAAACUCGAUGCUAAAAAACCACCAAAAGCAAAUGCAAACAGUCCAAGCACAACAGGCAACACAGGCAAACAGCAACCACAACAACAGUCACAGCUACCUCAACAACAACAACAGCCACUCACUCAGCAACAACAACAGCAAAAGAUAUCAAACCUCGCACCCUCUGUCAAUAAGCAACAACAACAACAACAACAGCAACAACAACAAGCAAAACAACAAUCACUUUCACCCUCAGCUGCCAUCCCACCAACUUUUCCAUCGCCAUCAUCUGCAUUUACAUCUAUAAAAUCACCAAAUGGACUGCCUGCACCCUAUAAAAUGCCACAACAACAUCAUCAUCCACAGCAUCACGACGACCUUGGCGACUAUCACUAUGGAAACUACCACCACCACCUGCCACCCCCACCCACACAGUCACACCAAAGCUAUCAACAUCUUCGAAAGAAUUCGCUCGGCGAUGAUUCAUCGUACAAAUUCCAUCCCUAUGGAUCGAACAAGCAUCAGAAUAUUGAUAUGAAUUGUAUUAAUAAUAAUAAUAGUAGUAAUAAUAUGCCAAGUGACAUCAUUGAAGAGCAUCUGGCAAACGAACCACUGCCCAGUCACUACAGUCGGCUGUCACACAGAAGAGUUUCACUCCCAAAUCUCACCAACAAAUCACAUACUUAUUCACCGGAGCGAUCUCUCUCGCCAAUCCACGAGCGUUCGCUACACGGACACGACCAAACAUUCAACCAACUUUAUCAAAACCCCUCAUCUUUACAGAACGGCCUAUACCUCCCACAACCCAAGUUUAACCAUGAUUUCAUUCACAGCAGUAGCAAACACAUUUCAUCACAACAAUCGUCGUCAUCGUCGUCGUCAUCGUCGCAAUCGAUAUACUCCUCAUCACCAUCGUCCUACUCGUCCUCGCCAACCACCUCAUCAAUGCAUCACCACCACGAUAAGAAGUUUCAACCUUUACAGCACCCCAUUUCAAGAUCAUCGACUCUCGACGCGCCUCUAUCACCCACCGAAAUCAUCAGCAAUACUAGUACUAGCAGCGGUGGUGGUAGUGGUGGUGUAGUCAACGAUAACUUUAUCAAUACAUUCAAUCAACUGAAAUCAAGUAGCAGCGGUAGAUUACCAUCAAUUCAAGCACUACUCAAUGAUGUUGAAAGUGUAUCCAUUACAGAGAAUAACAAUAAUAAUAACAGUAAUAAUAAUGUAUAUCAAAUUGAAAGCUAUCACUCACAACCAACAAGAACAAACAGCAAAGAAAACAUCCACUACCAACAACAACAACAACAUCAACAGCAACAACCAAAACAAUCAAACUCAAAUCCAUCAUCCCCAAACUUAAGAAACCCCCCGAUUUCCCAAACAUCACCAGCAACCAAAAUGUCAGUAAUGAAUUUACUCGAUGUUUUAAACUUUGGUAUAAUAAGUGUAAUAACUCAUCAAUUAGAAAAGAAAGAAAGAUUAAGAGAUCAAGUUUAG